CCUUUUCAGCUAACCUACCUCGACCGUCGAGUAAUAAAAGUUAUCACACAUGCCCCCGAAGAACACUCAGAAGGCUGCUGCCCCGAAGGCGAAGGCUUCCCUGUCCUCGUCCUUGAAAGCCGCUGCGCCCGUGAAGGCUGCAGCGAAGAGCAGCGUGCAGAAGGCCGCCGCACCUUCCUCAAAGGCCGCUGCGCCAUCCCCAAAGGCUGCUGCGCCCGUGCCGAAGGCCGCCGCGGGCUCCAGCGUAGCCGCCAACGGCGUGUACGUGAAGAACUGGGGCACCGGCUCCGUCGCGGACGCCCAGGCGGCGUUCAGCGCCGCUGGGAAGGUGCAGAAGGUUCAGAUUCGCCGCCACCGCUACGCGCUGAUCUUCUUUGAGAGCGCCGCUGGUGUGAAGAAGGCGAUCGACCUCUUCAACGAGAAGGAAGUGCUUGGCCAGGUGGUGACGGUGGUACCCGCGAAGACGAGCCCAAAGCCAGAUCCCCAUCUGAACUCGUCGUGCGUGUUCGUGUCGCCGAUCUUCCGCUCGUCGACGACGAAAAAGCAGAUCAUGGAGUUGUUUGAGGGUGUGGGAGUGCUGCGCCAACGCACGUACCGCCGCAACUACAUGUACGCCUACAUGAACUCGCCUGUAGCAGCGAAGAAGUUUGUGGAAGCAAAGAACGGGAGUGAGUUCCGCGGGCACAAGCUGCGUGUGGCGCUGUCUGCGAAGUCCCUCGAUAAGCUGAAGGCGAAACAGCAACAUGCCAUGCUCCUGAUGGCCGCUCAUCGCCACCACAAGAAAGAACACAAGUGAUCUCGUUUCAUCGAUGUGUUUUUUUCCAGCUUAUUUAGGAAUUCAACAACAGCUUUUCUUCUUUUAAUUAUAUUUAUGCUGUUAAGGUCAAUAUAUUUUUUUGAUUUUAUAAUUUUUCAAUUAUGAAAAUACUUUACAUCAAUG